AUGUCAAAUCCACUACUUGUUUAAUCCUGUUAAGAACAUUAGGAACCUAUUGUGGCUGUAGCAUUUAAUGAUCAAAACAAAAUGAAUCAAGUAUUAUGUCUUAAAUGUUGGCCAUCAAAUUAUAAUAAAAAGGUUGUAUUAGUUGGAGAUGUUUUAGAUAUCUCUAAAAAUAUUAAAGAGGAAUAUUAACAAUUUGAUUCAGAUAUUAAACUAAAUGUUCAAAAACUGUAUUAAUUAAUGUAAGAACUUGAAAAACUCAAAAUUUUUAUUAAACAAUCAAUAAACAAAUAAAUUACAGCUAUUAAUGAUUGGAUUCAAAGUAUAUCUGAUUAAGAACAAUAAACUAAAUCAUCACUUUCAAUUCUUAAUCUUGAUCUUAAUAAAUAAUUAUAAAAUGCUUAAUAAUUAACUGAGGAAUCAUAAAAAUAAAAAGAAAGAUGCAUCUAAUUUAUUUCAGAAUAAUUAUUGUUAUUGAAAGAAAAUGAACAUUUUAAUAAAUGUAUAGAAUUGUUUACUUUAAUUAAAGAAGAUAAAUUUGAUCCUCCAUAAAAUUCAAGUGUUUAAUUUUAAUCUUAAAUUGAUAAAUCUUAAAUACAAUAAAAUAAUUUAAUUUGUUAAUAACAUGAAAAUGAAAUUGUUAUGGUAGAUUUACAUUAAAAACCUAAAAUUCCCAAUAGAUUAGCAUGUGUAUAUUGUAUACAAAAUUAUCCAACACAAUAUACUGCUAUUAAAGUAGCUUAAAAAUUAUGGUAAAAAUAAGAAACCUUAAAAAUUUUAAAUUUACAUAAAUACUCAGAAUCAAUAGAUUAAAUAAAUUAAUCUUUUAAUACUAUAAAAACUAAUUAUAAUGAUGUAAUCAAAGAUAUUACAAGUUCAUUGUGUUAAAAUAAUUAAGAUAUUAAAUAAAAAGCACAAAAUUACUUAAACAAUCUGAAUAUUGAUUGGUUAGCAUUAAAAAAUGAUGAUGUUACAGAACUAGCAGGACAAAUAAGUUAGCCUGAUUAUCAUGAUAUUGAAAAAUCUAAAAUUUAUUAAGACUUUAUAAGUAUUAAUUAGGAAAUUAAUCACAAAAUUAAUGAAGCAUUUACUAAAAUGAAAUUAUCUUAAUCUUCAGGUAAAAAAUAAAUAAAAUAAUUAAUAAAUUAAGAAUACUUUGGAUAAAUAUAAACUUAAAAAAAAUAAUUAACCAAAAAUACUUAAAAAAAAGCAAAAUCUUAUAAAAAAUAUCAGAAUUAAACUAUAUAGAUUAAAGAUAUUAGUAAUCAUAUUCAAUAGUAAUAAGAAUAGAAUCCAUAAAUUAAUAAUUAAAAUUUAGAAAUUAAAAUUAAUAAAUAAAAAACUAUAGAAUUAAAUAAUACUUAAUAAAGUACAAAUGAAAAGAUGAACAUUAAUAUUUAAAAGUAAUCUGAAUUAAUAUAAUAAGUAGGUGAAACCUUGAAACAUAAAUAUAAUUAAGAUUAAACAAAUAAUGAGAAAAAGUUACAUUUUAAAUUAAAUUCUAAUCCAAUAGAUUAAAAGGAAGCUUGUCGAUCGUUUUCAUUUAAUUCAGAUUCUACAUUAUUGAUAGCAAGUUGUUAGAAAUAAAUAAAAUUAUUUUAAUUUAUUUAAGGAAACUUGAUCCUUUCAAGAAUAUUGGAUGGACAUCCAAGUUUAAUUGUAUAUUGUAUAUUUUUAAAAAAUCAGAAUAGAUUUGUAUCUGGAUGUGAGGAUGGUUCAAUGUUAAUUUGGUCAAAUACAGAAGAAGAAAAUGAAAAAGAAUGGGAAUGUGAAUAAAUAUUGAAUGGUCAUAAAGAUUAUCUUGGAUAAAUAAUAUAUAGUAAAAUUGACAAUAUGAUUAUUUCAUGUAGUAAUGAUCAUACUAUAAAAUUUUGGAAGAAAUCUUAGAAUUGGGAAUUACAUUAAACUUUAAUUGGUCAUAAUUAAUAUGUUUGUAGUAUAAGUUUAAAUGAAUCUGAAAAUAAAUUAAUAUCAGGAGCUUAUGAUGAUUAAAUUUUAGUAAGUGAACCAAAAGGAGAUGAUAAAAAAUGGAUCAUAAUAUAGGUGAUAAAAGUAGAAUGGGGAAGAAGAUUAUGUUUCAUUACAGAUAAUAUAUUUACAUUUUAACCUUGCAAAAAGAAUUUUAUGCAUAUAUAUUAAGAAAAGGACUCCAAAAAAGGUUUUUAUAAAUCGAAGGAAAUUUCUGUUUAAUUUAAAGGAUAAAAUUGUCUUUGGCUUUUUCCUCAAUAAUUUUCAAAGAAACAAGGUUUAUUAUUAAAUAAAAAUUGUCAUACAUUAAAUAUUAUAAGAUGGAAAGGGAAAAAUAAGUUUGUAACUGACUAAACAAUUAAUUUUGAAACUAAUGAAAUUUAUGGAUCAAUGUCAGAUGAUGGACUUUGGCUUAUAACAUGGGAUAAUUAAUCAAAAUAAAUAUAAAUUAGGAGUCUAUAAUGA